GUCACAUCAUCACCAAUUUGAUCAUAUUCAGGGAAUGUGGUGUGGUGUGCGCUCAAUAUUUAAAUUCGUUUAGAUUUUCGUAAAUAUGACUGAUAACGAAGUACAAAAUGGUCCACCAGAGGACCAACCUCAAGAAAAGACUGCUAAGCAACUAGAGAAAGAAGCAAAAAAGGCCGCCAAGCUAGAAAAGCUUAAAGCGAAGUUAGACAAAAAGAGCGCAACACCAGCUGUGCAAAAAGAUAAACCAGAGAAAAAGGUAAAGGAAACAAAAGAGAGUGCGGUAUACACAGCGGAUACGGCACCAGGUGAUAAGAAGGACAUAGCGGGUGCUAUGCCCGAUGCCUACAGCCCACAGUUUGUGGAAGCUGCCUGGUAUGCCUGGUGGGAGAAGCAGGGAUUCUUCAAGCCCGAGUAUGGAAGGAAAUCGGUCCUGGAACCUAAUCCUAAAGGCAAGUUUGUGAUGGUGAUCCCCCCUCCCAAUGUGACGGGCACCCUCCAUCUUGGACAUGCACUGACCAAUGCUGUGGAAGAUGCCAUAACCAGAUGGCACAGGAUGAAUGGUAAAACGACUCUAUGGAACCCUGGCUGCGACCACGCGGGUAUUGCUACACAGGUCGUGGUGGAGAAGAAGCUGUGGCGCGAGGAGAAGAAGACGCGCCACGAGCUCGGCAGGGAGGAGUUCAUCAAGAGAGUGUGGGAGUGGAAGGAGCAGAAAGGCGUCCGCAUCUACGAGCAGCUCCGCUCCCUCGGUUCGUCCUACGACUGGUCUCGCGUCCGCUUUACAAUGGACCCUUCCAUGUGUCGCGCCGUCAACGAGGCCUUCAUAAGGCUGCACGACGCUGGCGACAUCUACCGCGCCAACAGGCUCGUCAACUGGUCCUGCACGCUCAAGAGCGCCAUCUCUGAUAUAGAAGUUGAUAAGAUUGAGAUUCCUGGGCGAACUUUCUUGAGUAUACCCGGUUAUGAUCAUAAGGUGGAGUUCGGUGUACUGGUAUACUUCGCGUAUAAGGCUGAGACAUCUGAUGACGAGAUAAUUGUGGCCACCACUCGUAUAGAAACCAUGUUGGCUGACGUCGCCGUGGCCGUCCAUCCUAAAGACGAGAGAUACAAACACCUAGUGGGCAAACACCUCGUUCAUCCCAUCAUCAAGAGGACGUUGCCUGUCAUUGCAGAUGAGUACGUCGACAUGAACUUCGGAACUGGUGCUGUAAAGAUAUCGACCGCUCACGACCAGAACGACUAUGAGAUCGGGAAGCGACACAACCUACCCUACAUCACUAUAUUCGAUGACGAGGGCAGGAUGUUGGACAACUGUGGACCGUUUGCUGGUAUGAAGCGAUACGACGUCCGUCGCAGCAUCGUGAAGACCCUGGAGACGAUGAAGCUGUACCGCGAGACCAAGGACCACGCCAUGGUGGUGCCGCUCUGCAGCCGCUCUAAAGAUGUUGUGGAACCCAUGCUCAAGCCGCAGUGGUACAUAAAAUGCGACAACAUGGCGGCGGAAGCCGUGAAGGCGGUCAAGACAGGUGAGCUGAAGAUAAUCCCGGACGUGCACGAGAAGAUCUGGUACCACUGGAUGGAGGGCAUCCGCGACUGGUGCAUCUCGCGCCAGCUCUGGUGGGGACACAGGAUCCCCGCCUACAAGGUCACGCUGCCCAAACCAGAGGAAGUUCAAGAGCUGUGGGUAUCAGCUCACUCCGAGGAAGAGGCUCUGGCUAAAGCCGCUGAGAAGUACAAGGCGGACCCGAAGCUUAUCAAGUUAGUGAGAGAUGAUGAUGUACUGGACACGUGGUUUUCGUCUGGGCUCUUCACAUUCUCCAUCUUCGGUUGGCCUGAUCAGACAGAGGACUUGCAAGCGUUCUACCCGGGUAGUCUACUCGAGACUGGACACGACAUCUUGUUCUUCUGGGUCGCUAGGAUGGUGUUCUUUGGACAGCGGCUAAUGGGGAAACUUCCAUUCAAGGAAAUAUACCUUCACCCGAUGGUCCGCGACGCUCACGGUCGCAAGAUGUCCAAAUCCCUCGGCAACGUCAUCGACCCCGUAGAUGUGGUGAAGGGUGUGACCCUGGAACAGCUCCAUGCACAGCUAGCUGACUCCAACCUCGACCCUAAGGAGAUCGAGAAAGCAAAGCAGGGACAGAAGCAAGACUACCCUAACGGCAUUCCGGAAUGUGGAACUGAUGCGCUCAGGUUCGCCCUGUGCGCGAUGACGCAAGGCCGCGACCUGAACCUGGACAUCCUGCGCGUGCAGGGCUACCGGUUCUUCUGCAACAAGCUCUGGAACGCCACCAAGUUCGCGCUCAUGUACUUCCCCAAAGACACUGUUUAUGAGCCCCACACUCCGUCAUCUGUAUCCGACUUGUCCGCAAUGGAUCGUUGGAUGUUGUCCCGGCUGGCGCUCGCCGUCAACAAGGUCAACGCCGGGUUCGCCGCCUACGACUUCCCCUCGGCCACCACACACUGCUACAACCUAUGGCUGUAUGACCUCUGCGAUGUGUAUUUGGAAUACCUAAAACCGGUGUUCACGAGCAGCACUGAGAGCGAGAGGGCGGCCGCUCGGCGCACGUUGUACACGACGCUGGAGUACGGACUCAAGCUGCUGAGCCCCUUCAUGCCCUUCGUCACCGAGGAGCUGUUCCAGCGGCUGCCCAGGAAAGACACUAGCUGCCCCUCCAUAUGUGUGGCUAGUUAUCCAACCGAAGCCGACACGCCAUGGCGCUCUGAACAACUGGAAUCUGACGUGGACACCGUCCUUAAAAUGAUCCAUCUGAUCCGCUCCACCCGGUCAGAGUACAGCAUUACCAACAAGCAGAAGACCACAGCUCACCUAGUGUUAGCCCCGGAGUUGCCCGGCGAACAGCUGAGGGGCCUGUUCCGCAGCCUGCAGUCGCUGGCGAACUCCACCCUCUCGGACGAGGAGCCGCCUACAGGAUGCUCCAUAUUAACUGUAUCGAAUAAGAUUGAAGUGCAUAUUGUUCUAAAGGGCCUAAUCGACCCCGCUAAAGAAAUAGCAAAACUAGCAAAGAAGAAGGAAGCACUGAACCAAACAUUGAAGAAGCUGCAACAAGUGACGACGGCGGAGGACUACCUCACCAAGGUGCCAGAAGAUGUGCAGAAGGCCAACACGGAGAAGCUGGCGCAGUCGCAGGGAGAGAUCGAGAUCAUUGAGGGCGCGUUGAGGAUACUGAAUAGUAUGAUAGAAACGUCUUAGGUGGUAGAGACUAGGUUUGUAGACGCGACUAGACUUAUUGUCGAUUUAGAUUUUUCUUAAUUUGAAUCUGAUUUUUGGUCUUUAUUAGACUGUUUUGUUUAUUCCUAUUGAAGAUUUUACCUUUGGUACAAUGUCACAGUUUUGGUUUUUUGCAGAGAUAAUAUCACUUGAAGUUGUAUGUGGUCCAAUGUCCUAAAUUCCUGGAUUGCCGUCCUGAAGAUAAAGCCAAGCCAGAAAUACUAUUCACCUUGCGUUUUAUUAUAUCCUACGGGAAUAUAUUUACAAAUCCACUGCCA